UAAAAUUUUGUCUCUCACCUCAUCCUAAAUCGUCCUCAUCCUUCAAUAUCUCCUCAGUCCUCUUUUUUUUCCUUUUUCCCUUCUAUUUGAUAUUUUUUUCUACCAUCAUGUACUAUUAUCUAUUAUUUUCUAUCAUUAAUGUUUACAGGAACAAUAUUCAGGUGCAAGCGUCACGUCAGGUGAGAACGAUGCGUAUUGCUAGAUUUGGUUUAGCUUCCCUUCCAUCAUCUCGCGAGAUACGUUUUCCUUUUCUUUUUCCCGCGUAUUAUGAGAAAGAAUUUGAUGAGGGACUUAAGAAAAUAAGUGCUGGGACGGGGAAGGGGGUAACUUCAAUGUAUUUGUACUUACUGUAACUGUUUAUUGUGUAAAGACACUAUUACUGCUGCUGCUGCUACUACUACUACUACUACUACUACUACUACUACUACUACUACUACUACUACUACUACUACUACUACCAUCAGAGCGAUACACACACACACACACACACACACACACACACACACACACACACACACACACACACACACACACACACACACACACACACACACACACACACACACACACACACAGCGCCAGACAGUGAAGAAUUCGUGUCAUAAAAUAUGAGUAAUGAACCACAGAGAGACUUUCUGCUCUGUUAACAAGGGUGACACUUCCUCCUGCUCCCCUUCCCCCUCCUCCUCCUCCUCCUCCUCCUCCUCCUCCUCCUCCUCCUCCUCCUCCUCCUCCUCCUCCUCCUCCUCCUCGUAACAAGUCUCCUCUGGUUGCAAUCUCAGCUUGUAACAAUGUUCACGUCGUGCACAAAAAAUAGGCCAGAGAGACAGAUAGACAAACAGACAAACAGAAUAAGAAAAAAUAUCGUGAUGUCUUUAGUGUCAGACAUACAAUCCAUUUUCAGUAAGUGCUAUUGUCUCAGAAAUUCUAGUAAUUCACUUUGUGGCUUUAAAGUAAAAACUGGGAUUUUUUUUCUCUCCCUUUUUCUGUCGCUCUGCGAAAAGAAACUAAUUAGUGCAAGGUUCGGUGGACUUCGUGAAUGACAUACCCCACUGGUUCAUUGUGUGUGCGUUUGUGUGUGUGUGUGUGUGUGUGUGUGUGUGUGUGUGUGUGUGUGUGUGUGUGUGUGUGUGUGUGUGUGUGUGUGUGUGUGUGUGUGUUUAUUUGUCAAAGAUAUACAUAAGCGAGGGAAGAGAAUCGCUUUAACGCCGGUCAAAGACGAAACGAAAGCUGAGGAAUUCGGAAAGGAGAAAGAAACACAGUGUACGUGAAAACAAACACAUAGAUAAAGAGGAAAAAAGCAUCGUAAUUUCACUGGGGAUCGCUACAGCGUGUCGCCGCCGUCGCCGCCGCUGCCUCGCUACGGUCGUGCAAACACCACACCCGAGAGAUUGCGAUGGGCGGCUCCCUCCCUCAUUCCCUCCCGCCGGGCCGCCUCCUGCCUCCCGCCGCCGCUACACCUGCUUUGCUUCACUUCUCUCGCGGCUACGAUCCUGCUAGCACCUCCUCCACCACAAGGACGUCUCCACUAAGUGUCGUUUGUGUGACGGAAAGUCCUUGGUGUCUCUAUAUUAGGACUCUAAAGGACGUCCCGCCACUAGGUGUGCUUUCGGUUUAGCGAUGGCCGCUUCUGCCGCCUCUCUUCUCACCCCGCCGCCGCACUUGCAUCCUGCCAGCCAGCCCAAGACGUGUCCAGUGGAAUCUCAAGAGCUUAGCGUUGGAAGUGGAGAGGAUUCACUUUUUGACACGGUGAUCCUGCCCAGUGGUUCUAGUGAGACAAGAAGCACGAGCCCCUCGGAGGAUAGUGACUGCAGCGAGGCUGGAUUCAUGGCCGCCGCCCGCAGUACAUUUAAGGAAGAUCCAAGCUGGAGUCAUGAGGUACAUGAACACAAAGAAAUGGCUGAAGAUACUGAGUCGGCGGAAAAUAAUGAAUUAAACCAAGUACACGAGGAUUGCACGGCGGCCAUUGCGUGCACCGAAACCUUCCCAGUGGUGUUCGCGUGCAGCGUGGAGCAGGUGAGAGCCGCAGACGAGUCAGACGUGCAGUGCAGCCUCAGGAUUUACCGGCAGGAGGCCAGCAUUAUCCUCCGUCAGCCGAGGGUCAUGGACUCUAUCCGCGCCUUCAACCACCGAGAUGGAGUAAACCAUGAGGGCGGGGAAGCGUGUGACUCGUUCCCUUGCGACUCCAGAAACUCAUCAGGGGGCGUGGUGAGGCUGCACGAGUCACUAAGUCAAGUUGAUCAUGAAGAGAAUCCCGCUGGCGAUGAGCAAAAGAGCGGGACGGUGCCCGGGACAGAGAAGGAGGAAGAUGACCCAAGCAACACUCCACCACGACACGGUGACUCCUUGGCACCAAUACUGCUGUUGCUGGCGGCGGCGGCAGGGGCGGCAUUAGUGGCUGCUGUGGUCCAUCCCUUCGGCGCCAACCUGAGUUCCGGCAUCAUCGCCAUCGCCGUCUUCUUCUCCCUCAGUAAGUGGCACACGUCCCCGUGACUGGCGAGAACCUUCACGGUCCCGCCACGCACGUCCUCACCUCAUCCAGCUUGGCGCGAAAACGGUACAUUACUCGUAUUUCCUGGGUUCCUGCUGCUGCGCCUUGCACAGUCACGCGAGAAAUCCUAUCAGCUAGCACGCAUAAGCCGUGCAUGCGUGUAAUAGGAGCACAACAGCUUGUGUUAACUCUAUCUUACAAGUCACUGCCUCACUUUAAGACAACUUAUUGAACUUUUUUCUCUUACUGUCUUUC